AUGGUCGUGCGGAAUGGACACCUGCAUUCUUGGUUCUGUCCACUAGCAGCGAUAUGUUUCCUCGUGGUUCAUACCUGGGCCGCCGACUUUACGACCUGCGCAAGCAGCCGGCUUGACUGGUAUACCAGUGUAGUAGGAGAAACUCCUUGUACCACGUAUCAGAAGUUGCGUCGGAUUUGCAACAACGAUUACAAUGUUCCAGCCCUCAAAACCAAGACACCGGGGGAUAUGUGCGACGAUCAAGUCUCGGCAUGCUGUUGCAACAUGAUAGCAUUCCAGCUGAGCAUGUUGUGCUUGAACUGUCAGCAGGAUGUACUGACCGGGUCCGGCUAUGAUGCGCGUACGUUCAUCCUGUCAUUUGCGUCGAACAUACCGCUCACUAUUUCCAUAGCUCCCGGGACAUACACCACCUACCUUGGCACUUUUGCUGAGCAAAGCUUACCUUCGGAUAUUCAAUCCUCUGUCUGUAACGAGGGUAUCAGGCUGGAUGACUUCCUAUACGGUGGCUGGGCGGAUGGUUCCUGUGUGUGGAUGAGCGAAAAUGCGGAACGCACACACGCUGCGAACAAUAACCAAACAUUCACUCAUUGCGCUGAACCCAAAUCACCGACCUCAACGUCUAUCCGGACCUCAACAAGUACUCAGACGCUACCGGGUGCAUCAACGGACGUCAAACUGAACGCACCGCUGGGUACAACCUCCAACUUGAACCCCGCGCCAACGUCGAUUACCACGCCUGCGAGUCCGUCUACAUCAAGCACCAUGAUCCCUGCAGGCCCCCUUUCACUCCCUCCUGAAACCACAACACAACCGUCAAUUCAAAGUUCACCCAGUGGCCUCCCAGAUGCUCUCCAAGACGUCUCUGCAGGUCCCAACACUCAAACGGACACAUCGUCUCUGGUGGUCAGUAGAUCCUAG